AUGUCCUUCAAGUUUGGUCCAGAUCGGACGGUCGGAUCGCUCACGAUCGCAGGAUCGGACGGACCAUCCAACGGUCCAAACCUAGCGAACCCGGAAAAUACGCGAUAUGCGAUAUCCGUUCGGGACUCUAACGAUAUCCAAAUUGAGAUCCGAGCGCACCUACGCGCUCAUGACAACCUGAGGAUCCCAUUGGGACAAAAAUGCCCCUCAACUACAAUGCCCACGCGCCGCCCACGCGCCGGCAGCGCGUGGGUGUCCAAAGCGAUAACCCAUCGCCGGAAAAACCACAAAUCACGGCUCAAGACUCCUACCCUAGUGGCCGGAAUCUCAUCCCGAAAUCCGGCCGAAACCCAAUUCGUAAAUCGAGUUGCCUACGCUACAAAUCGAUCAAUUCCUACCCAACAGGCAGCUAGAGCUCGGAAAAUAGGUGAGAAACCAUACCUCACUUGCCGGAAUCGGUGGCCAGACGACGGAGAACAAAGCCGGCGAAGUUUCGGGCGAAACCGAGCUUUUCUCUUCGAUUUUCCGGCGAAAUCACGGCAGCUGGCGGCAGGACCUGGCCGGGGUAGGAAGAGGACGGCGGCCCGGUCAUUUUGGUACCGGCCCCGUCAACUUUGGUGGCCGGACGAGAGCACGGCCGGCCAAAACGUGGCCGGCUGUCUCAGCCGUCGCGAACCAGAGGAGAGAGAGAGGGACGCGCGGGAGAGAGAGAGUGUGUGA